AUGCCUUGGACAAAGGGCAUCUUACUUUUCACAAUGUCUUUGACCAUGUUGACUUUAAGGGCUAGUCCUGAGUCCUUUACUGAAACUGGUGCUGCUUACGGAGCAGUCUCUGAAAACACUGUCCAUUUUGGCAAACUUUUAAUUGGUGCUCAAGGUGUAGUCUCUGAUAAAGAAAUGGAAAUAUCUGGGCUGAGGUCAGCAGAACAGUCUGAUGAAUACCGGUCAAAUGAAGAAGAGCGAUUCCACCUUGCUAAAGCGAAGCUGCGACGUCUGGGUCCCUUUGUGCACUGUGGAAAUGAUUCAAUGACCUUGCGCAUUCCAGGACAAAUAAGGAUGCCACACUUUCUGGUUGAUCGAGGAGUUGAGUCACCAGUGCCUUUGUCUGAGAUGCCAACCAGCUGUGGUUUCUCACUGAAGCGGGCACGCAGAGAUGUUUCUCUUGAUGCUCCAUACCAGGGCUGUCAUGUCAGACAACAGGGUGGACGUUAUAUUCUGCCACUCUUUAUAAUGGGGGCUCCAGUGCAAAUGUCUUGCCCUGUGAGUCCUCCCCUCCCUACAGUGUCCUGCUUCCCUUCUGGCAUGAUUAUCUCACUUGCUGUCAGAGCAGAUAAUGUUAAAGUUCAAGGCAAGUCACUUAAUUCUUUGAGUUUAAUCUAA